UAUUUUAAACCUUUGAACUUUUCUUUGCAGGGUCUCUCCUUUUUUUGUGAGUCAGACCUUAUUUUUUCUCUCGUUAACCCCAUCUUCGCGCAUUUUGUCAUGGGUCUCAAGUUGUUAUUGUGCGUUUCUUGUGUGUUUCUGUCGGCUGCGAAUGGUGAGAUUGAAGCCGAAAAUGGAGUAUUGGUGCUUAACAAAGACAACUUCCAGACCGCUAUCACGGAACACUCGCACAUUCUCGUCGAAUUCUAUGCCCCAUGGUGCGGACAUUGUCGUGCACUCGCGCCGGAAUACGAGAAGGCUGCUCAAAUUUUGAAAGACGAAGGUUCUGACGUUGUUCUUGCAAAAGUUGACGCGACCGUGGAGCAAGAUCUUGCCAGUGACCAUGGUGUCCGCGGAUUUCCUACGCUCUUUUUCUACCGCAACGGGAAAUCCAUCAGCUUUUCCGGUGGGCGUCAAGCUGCCGACAUAGUUAGCUGGGUGCAGAAAAAGUCAGGUCCUCCUGCAAAAACUCUCGAAAGCGCGGAUGACGCGAAAAGCUUUAUCGAGAAGAACGAAGUCGUUGUUCUUGGAUUCUUCAAAGAUCUCGCAGGCUCUGCUGCCAAAGCAUUCGUGGAAGCUGCUGCUUCGAAUGACGAUUACCCCUUUGCCAUAACCGACUUGCAGCAAAUCGCCGACGAGCACAAAUUGUCCGAGAACUCCGUGAUCAUGUUGAAGAAGUUUGAUGACGGAAAGGCCCUCUUCGAAGGAGAAAUCACUCCUGAUGCCAUCGUCAAGUUCGUAAGAACCAACGCUUUGCCAUUGGUCGUUGAGUUCAAACAAGACACUGCGCAGAAAGUUUUCGGUGGCGAUAUCAAAUCUCACGUUCUGAUCUUCGCUGGAAACAAGGACGACAAAACACAAGCACUCAUCGAAGGAGCUCGGGAAGUUGCGAAAGAAGUACGAGACAGGAUCCUCUUCGUGCAUAUCGACACAGACGAAGAAGAGCAUAAACGAAUCAUUGAGUUCUUUGGAAUGAAAGAUUCUGACAUUCCCGAUGUGCGAAUCAUCAAGUUGGAGGAGGAUAUGUCCAAGUACAAGCCAGCUGAGAGUAUCAAGGACACGGAGAGUCUCAGAGACUUCGUCGCGAAAUUCCUGGACGGUUCGUUGAAGCCCCAUCUUCUCUCCGAAGAAAUCCCAGAGGACUGGGAUAAGCAUCCAGUCAAAGUUCUCGUUGCAAAAAAUUUUGACGAAGUUGUUUUCGACAAGGAAAAGGACGUGUUGGUUGAAUUUUAUGCACCUUGGUGCGGACACUGCAAGCAACUGGCCCCCAUCUAUGAAGAGCUUGGGGAAAAGUACAAAGACAAUGACAAGAUUGUGAUUGCCAAGAUGGAUGCCACCUUGAAUGAGCUCGAGCAUACCAAAAUUCAGUCAUUCCCGACGAUAAAAUUGUAUAAAAAGUACGACAACAAGAUGGAAAAGCCCGAGGAAGAAGAAACCGCCGGCAAGGAUGAGUUGUGCGUUCCAGGUUCAGUGCCUCAUGCAAUGAAACGCGACGAAGGACCGAAGGUUGGUGACAAUGUACUUCCAAUGCCCUGGUUUGGCAUGGACAUCGGUGGCACUCUGACAAAGCUAGUGUAUUUCGAGCCUUGUCCUACUGUUGAAGAUCAUGAGAGCGAAAUAAUAGGCAACAUACGACGUUACUUGACGGCUUCCUCUACAUACGGCCUUACUGGUCACCGCGAUGUGGAGUUACAGUUGGAAGUUUCUAUUGCUAAUCGGCAGGGAAUGCUGCAUUUCAUCAGAUUUCCUACCAGUGACAUGGUUACAUUUUUAGAACUUGCGAAACGUAAAGAAUUGGCGAAGACAUCCAUUUUGCUUUUUGCCACUGGUGGGGGUGCGUACAAGUUCGAAAACGCUUUCCUCGAGGAAGUCGGCCUUCAAUUGGUUAAGCUUGAUGAACUCGAGACGCUGACGAGUGGGAUUAUUUUCAUGGAAGAGCACAAUCCGCACGAAUUGUUCCAUGUUUGCGACGAAAAUUCCAGUCCGGGUUCAUGCCCGUCUGCUAAUACCAAUGCGCAAGAUGAUGACGUUGCUUCAAGUGAAGCCAUUUUGGGCUUGAAAGUGAAGUACGAUUUUUUACAACCGUAUCCGUUCCUCGUGGUGAACAUCGGCUCCGGUGUGAGCAUUCUGAGUGUGCGAGGAAUUGAUUCACUUGAGCGUGUAUCCGGUAGCAGUCUUGGUGGAGGAACAUUCUUCGGUCUUUGUUGUCUUUUGACGGGCUGCAAGUCGUACGAAGCAGCAAUUGAACUUGCCGCGAAAGGUGAUAGCAACAAGGUGGACAAACUUGUCAAGGAUAUCUAUGGGGGUGAUUACGAGAGGUUUCAGCUCCCUGGAAAUGUUGUUGCUGCAAGCUUUGGUCAGAUGAAUUCAGAAGUCAAAAGAGAAAGCGUCAGCAAAGCGGACUUGGCUCGGGCUACUUUAGUUACCGUCACAAACAAUAUUGGAUCCAUUGCGCUGAUGGUGGCCAAGAGUGAGGGCAUUGACAAAGUGUUAUUCGUUGGAAAUUUUUUGCGGAUUAAUCCCAUAUCGAUGAAGUUAUUGAGCCGCGCAAUGGAUUAUUGGUCGAACGGAAAAUCAAGAGCUUUAUUUCUUGAGCACGAGGGAUAUUUUGGAGCCAUUGGGUGUUUGAUUGAGAGCGUAAGACGAUCCGGAUGGGUCUCCUGAUUUUAGAAUGCUUUCUAGAGAGGUUGCAUUUUGAAGUUCUUCAAGUUGCGCGAUAUGUUCAAAGAACCAGUGCCUUCUCUGGCUGCUAUAUAUGCAGCAGGUGUUGGUACUUCAUGCUCUGGUAUGGUUCCUGUGGUAGUGACGGAUCUCGAAUACACACCAGUUUUCAUUGCCGA